AUGGCUCCUCUAACUGAUGGGGAUCUCGUCCUCGUCGAUCCGGAUGGUGACCUUAUUUUGAAAGUUGGCAGUGAGCGUAGCAUCACUCAUGAAAACAAAUGCAACUCCCCGGAUAACGAGGACGACUCAAACGCGGCUCAGCAUGAAGUCAAGGAAAUCAAGCAACCAAAAACCCUACGAAUUCGAGUUUGCAGCAAGUUCAUGACCAUGUGUUCCCCGGUAUUCGAACGAAUGCUGAAUGGCUCUUUCCGCGAAAGUCAGCUUACACCGAACCCUGUCGAACCACCCGUCUUGGAGCUGCCGGAGGACGCGCCAACAUCAAUGUUGGAACUUUGCAGGAUUUUUCACCAUACGUGGGACACCAGCCUAGACGCAUUCCCUUCGUGUGUUUUGCCGAUAGCAAUAGCGGCGGACAAAUACGGCUGCCACAAAAUUGCAAGGGCAUGGUUCCAUUAUCGGGCCUUCCGAAAUGCUAGCAGAAGAAGCACAUGCUCAAUACUAGACCUUGCUCGACUCAUCAGUAUAUCGUAUAUCCUGGAUGACGUUGGGGCAUUUUACUUUUUCUCCGUCGAGGGAUACAAAAGCUGGCGCACAAAAAAGGGACAGAACGACGAGUUUAUUUCGGAGAUCUCGCGUUAUCUCCCUGCAAGGGUUCAUGAACUUCUGAAAGAAAUCGCCAAGGCCCAACUAAAAGCGCUAAGAGCUAGUUGCCACAAUGCCAUUAGUGAACUCUGCAUGGGAAACCAGCGGUACCGAGACGGCGCCAUUGUUCAUUCGACCAUCUUUACACGGACGGAAGAAUUCACUAUACCCGUAGUCUGUAAAGGUCAGGCAGCCAGGGUAGCGCAGUAUAUCCAAGCACUGUUCGAGGUUGAUCUUUGGCUUCCAGGCCGAGGCGGUGGAGGGCCGGCAUCCCUGGAAGCAGCCAUCUGCAUCGUCCGGCAGAUUGCUGCACGUAGCAAUGACGGCCCAGUGAAUUGUGAUUCGGUCGCCUGUGUUUCUUGUUUCAUUUCCUGGGAAUCGGCGGUGCAGGACGUGGCGGACUCAUUCGAGAACGAACUGCGAGGAAUAUGUCUCGUCUGCCUGAAGCGUGGGGACCUCUCAACAUCGAAGUUACAGACCGGGUGCAACGAACACCAAGGCGAGUCCACCUUGGGCUGGUUUGUGGCAUGGAGCCAGACCACGCGAGACUAUGAAACGCUUGAGGAUUAA